AAAAUGCAUCGCUGGAGUUUGGUGGCGGUCCUGUGCAGCAGCGUGCUGCUUACUUACGCACCCUGCCUGGCCGACGGGUCGCACAAGAUGGAGGUCGUGAAGCAGUGGAACCUGCUCAACUACAACUUCCCGUGGGACUAUCCGGCCGGCAGCAAGGAGUACUACAACCCGGAAAAUGUCGUCGCCACCGGGCUGGAAGUGGGGUACGAUCGAAUUUUUAUUGCCACCCCUCGCCUUUUUUCGGGCGUUCCGGCGACGGUUUCGAGCAUUCCGCGCGGCAACAACGGUGACUCACCCGUACUGCAGGCCUACCCCGACUGGACGCACCACCGUGCCGCAACCAAGGAGUACAACUGCUCCGACAUAGGGCUAGUGUCGGUGUACCGGCUGCGUAUCGAUUCCUGCAACCGAUUGUGGGCACUGGAUGCAGGUGUGUCGCGCUCGCUCGAAGACUUUGAGGUAACUUGCCCACCAAAGAUUCUCGUGUACGAUCUGCACACCGAUCAGGUGGUGCGCCGUAUUGACUUUCCACCCGAGGUAGUGCGACGCGAAUCGUUGUACACUAACCUGAUCGUGGACGAAACUACGUCCCGGCCGGAGAACAACUGUGAUGAUGUGUUCGUGUACAUGACGGACACGGUUGCACCGGGCAUAGUUGUGUACGACAGUGGCAAAGAUCUGACCUGGCGUGUGAGCCAUCCGGCGAUGUAUCCCGAUCCGGACUUUGCGGAGUCAUCGAUUCUUGAGCAUCGGUUUACGCUGAUGGAUGGUAUCGUAGGAUUGGCGUUCGACAUGGAAGCAGGCAUCGUGUACUUCCAGCCCUUGGCUACUGAUCGCAUUUUCUCCGUGACUACGGCUGCACUCCGUGCUGGACCAUUGCCGUUUGGAAAAGAUCUUCCCGUGAAGCUGGUAGGACGCAAGUCCUCCCAAGGUAUUGGACUGGGUGCCUCUCCCCGCGGUGGCACCAUCUUCUAUGCACCAUUGUCCGAAACGGCCGUUGCAUCUUGGAACCCACGAACGAACGAGCAUCAGAUCCUUGUGCAAGAUCAAGAGAAAAUCCAGUUUGCUGCCGAUCUUCGUACACCAGACCGCGACGCUACGGCUCUUUACGUGCUGACGUCUAAAUUCCAUCGGUUCUUCCUGAAAAACCUCGACGCCAAUGAGUUCAACACGCGUAUCCUUCGCAUCGAUGGGGUGGCCAUUCCAAGCGGGCAUCUAGCCUCCCAGAGCCACCUGCGGCCGACGAUUCCCUAUGAUACGCUGCACGGAAACGCUUACUAUCAUCCAUCGGUCGUACUACCGGUACCGUACAAACCGCUGCCACCGGGACAAAGCAUUGCGUUGCCACCGGCAGCCACAACCUCCACGCCGGUCAGCGUGUUCAACACACAAAAUAUGCCUUUCGGUCAUCAUGGACUUUUCACCAAACAAUCAACAUUCGGACACAGCACCGUCCUUGGUCAGGGAAAACCAUCGCAACCGUUAUUUUCACUGAACAACGGAGAAAUGUCGUUCCCACCAUCAAACUUCGGUUCUCGGCCACAGUACGGUGCAAGUGGUGCUCCGAUAUUCGUACCGAAAAUCAAUCAGAACUUCAACGAUCUCAACCUGUUGCGCUACAGGAAGAGUUUGCCGGUAAACCAGACGGCUGUACACUGA